GAGAGGUAUUUAAACCGCGGAACAGGACAGCAAAGACUAGCUCUGAACUCCCACAGAGUGGAAGGAAGAGAGAAGAGAGAGAAAGAGAAGAGGAGGAACAGAGGAGAGAAACAGAGCGCUACAGUCUGCUUAUAACCAACCCCACACACAUUUACACACACUGUCUUCAGAACCCAGAACGCAACCAGCAUCUCAACCAGAUUUUCUCUCUCUAAGUCGACCCAUUGUGGACUCCAGCCCUCAAGCCAUCUUACUGGAACUCUACCUGUGACUGCCUUUCUCCACACACCACCACUCUCACCCCUCUUCUUCAUCCCUCUCCCUCGUUCCGUCGUUUUUCAGGGCGAUGGCACGGGCCUCUUUCGGGGGUGCCCUCGGCUGUGCCCUGCUGGCCCUGGUGUUGGGGACCGGUGUGGAUUUGGGGAGCCCCCCAGCAGCAGGCUUCUACCCCCGCUUCAACCCCUUCUUCUUCCUGUGUACCCACCAUGGGGAGCUGGAGGGGGCUGGGGUGGCCAAGGGAGGGGGAGAGGUGCUCCUCACCCUACAGAUCGCUGGGAACCCCACCGCCUACACCCCCGGACAGGAGUACCAAGUGACUGUCUCCACCAGUACGUAUUUUGAUGGUCUGCUGGUGACCGGUCUCUAUACGUCCACUCCUGUCCAGUCUGCUCCUAUCCCUGCUCCUGCUGCAUUCGGCUUCGGUGUGAUGCCGGAGCAGCGUCAGUUUAGGACUCAGUUUGUGUGUAGUGUCGUGGCAUCUCAUGUUAGCCACCAGCCCUCCACCAGUCUCAGCUUCGUCUGGAUCGCUCCCCCGCCCAGCACCGGCUGUGUCAACUUCCUGGCCACUGCUACACAUCAAGGACAGAUCAUCUUCAAGGACGCUCUUGCCCAGCAGCUGUGUGAGCAGGGAGCACCUACUGAAUCGCCAUUGAGACCCAGUCUUGCUGAGAUCCAUGGGAACCAUGCGGUGCUGCGUGAUGACUUUGACUCCAACCUGCAGGGAGAGCUAGACCCCAGCAUUUGGUCAGAGUGUAGUAACUGUGAGGUAGGAGAGCAGUGUGGGGUUCUGAUGCAUGGCAGAGCUGUCAUCUUCUGUGAGCCCUUCGGAGAGAGAGAACUGACCACUGUACCUCUCAACACCACCACAGCCUCUAUCCUGCAGUUUGCUCUUGGUUCAGGCUCGUGUAGGUUCAGUUACUCCGACCCCAGCAUCAUCGUGUCGUUCAGUCUGAACAAGAACAACGGCUCCAAUGACUGGAUCACCCUGGAGAAGAUCAGAGCUCCAACUAACAGCAGUACAGUAGUCCACCUCCUGCCCCUGCCAGUGCGCUCCAUGGGAGAUGGGGUGCGUAUACGCUGGUCCCAGGAGGCCCCGCAGGGGCCCGAGGGCUACGAGUCGUGCUGGGGCCUGGACAACGUACUCCUGGUCAAUGCUGCUCACAGACCCCCCCUAUUGGAAGAUAAUCUGGACCCCCCAGACACAGCCAACUGGCUCUUCUUCCCUGGGGCUACCGUCAAGCGUGCCUGUCAGUCGGAGGGCAACACCCUGUAUUUCCAUGGCAACAACGAGGAGGGGGUUGGCCACACUUUCGCCUCCACCCGAGACAUCGACCUCCACCGAGAGGAGGGGCGGAGCUACUGGGAGGAGGACUUUGAGAGUCUGCCCACCAACUGGGACAUCGAGGGGGCUGUGUAUGGGACCCAUUGUGGGGAGAUAGAGUCAGGCAUGGCUCUGGUGUUUGAGAGGGAUGGAGAGAGGAAGAUAUGUACUCCCUACCUGGAUACCACCUCCUUUGGAAACCUUCGGUUUUACUUCACCAUGGGUGGUGGGGAGUGUGACCCAGGAGAGUCCCAUGAGAAUGAUGUCAUCUUGUUUGGGAGGUCAGAGGGGAGACGAGACCUUGUGCUGUUGGAUACCCUGCCAUACUCUUCUUAUAGGACUCCGUCAGUAGUGUCAGUAGCCCUGCCCACAGACCUCCAGACCCCGGUCACCCAGUUCUGCCUGGAGCAGCGGACACAUGGCGGUGCCAACCGCCACGUCUGGGCAGUAGACUUCAUGCAGCUGCUGCCUAUCCUUCCUGGCACACAAACCCAUGUAGCACAGUUCUCUAUUAACCUGGGCUGUGGGUCCUACCAGCCAGCCAACAGUGUGAAUCUGGAGUUUUCCACCAAUCACGGUCGUUCCUGGUCGCUGCUUCACACAGAGUGUCUUCCAGAUUUGUGUGCUGGCCCCCACCUACCACACAGCACAAUCUACUCCUCAGACAACUACAGCGGCUGGACUAGGAUCUCCAUCCCACUGCCCAACGCUGCCCUGACUGAGACCACACAGUUCCGCUGGAGACAGAGUGGCAUGGGUGCUGGCAACAUGUGGGCCAUAGACAAUGUGUACAUUGGUCCAUCCUGCCUUCGUUUCUGCUCUGGAAGAGGACACUGCUCCCGGACCGGCUGCAAGUGUGACCCAGGGUUUAGUGGUCCAGCUUGUGAGUUGGCAUCCCAGACAUUCCCUGCCUUCCUGUCCGAGGGCUUCUCCUCCCCCAGACUCUCCUCCUACCACAGUUUCUCCUCCCUGAGGGGAGCGGAGGUGAGUUUCGGCUGUGGGGUUCUGGCCAGUGGCAAGGCUCUGGUCUUCAACAGGGACAGCAGACGACACCUGGUGACAGCACCGCUGGACAGCUCUCAGGCCAGGUACCUCCAGUUCACUCUGCGUCUGGGAAGUCGUAGCAUCCUGAGCUCCUGUCCUGCCCCUGACCAACCAGGAGAAGGUGUAUUGCUGCACUUCUCCUCAGACAAUGGCAUUACCUGGACCCUGCUGCAACACUACGCUUAUCAGGGCUUCCACGAACCCAGGAUCGUGUCAGUGGAGCUCCCCCCCGGUGCCCGUAAGUUUGGGGUGCAGUUCCGCUGGUGGCAGCCGUACCACUCUGGGCGUGGUCAUGACGUGUGGGCGGUGGAUGAGAUCACUAUGACCUCUGUGCUGUUCAACACCAUCAGUCUGGACUUCAGUAAUGUACUGGACGUCACUCAGAGUCUGGGCUUCUACCUGGGGCACGUCCAGCCCUACUGCCAGCACGACUGGACACUCAGUUUCUCAGGAGAGCCCAGCCCAGGCUCCAGUAUCCGCUAUGUCGAGACCCAGUCCAUGCAGAUUGGAGCCUCCUACACCUUGCAGUUCUCAUUGGUCAUGGGCUGCGGCCGAGACCCCUCUCCCCACAUCGACACACAGGUCCGCCUGGAGUUCUCCACCAAUCAUGGCCUGACCUGGCACCUGGUCAAAGAGGCCUGCCUACCAGGGAUGCCCAGCUGUUCAGAGUUCACUGCUCCCAGUGUGUACCAUCCCUCUGAGUUCACUGACUGGAGACGCAUCACUCUGCCCCUGCCUCAUAGAGCAUGGUCCAGUGCCACUCGGUUCCGUUGGAUCCAGAACUACUAUAGAGAGCAGGAUGAAUGGGCUCUGGACGACAUCUACAUCGGACAGCAGUGCCCUCAGAUGUGCCACGGACACGGAUGGUGCGACCACGGACACUGCAGGUGUGAUGAAGGUUUCUCAGGUCCAGACUGCCUGGCCUCCUCUCCUCUUUCCUCCAGCGUCCUGUCAGACUUUGAGUCCCAGGAUGGUCCGCUGGCCGUGUGGCAGGAAGUGAUUGGUGGAGAGGUGGUAACACCUGACAUGGGCUGUGGGGUGGUCUCCUCUGGGUCCUCGCUCUACUUCAGCAAGGCCGGAUUGAGGCAGCUGGUGAGCUAUGACCUGGACACAGAGUGGGCAGAGUUUGUGCAGUUCUACCUGCGUGUGGGUGGAGACUGGGUAGGAUGUAACAAGGCAGACAGCCGGGAGGAAGGAGUGAUGCUGCAGUACAGUAAUGACGGAGGAAUCAGCUGGGGACUCAUCGCUGAGAUGUACUUCACCGACUUCACCAAGCCACGGUUUGUCCACUAUGAGCUUCCACUGGCCUCUAAGACCCCGUGUACCCGGUUCAGAUGGUGGCAGCCCCUACACUCUGGGGACGGCUACGACCAGUGGGCCAUCGAUGACAUCAUCAUCUUGUCAGAGAGAGAGAAACACAUCAUCCCCAUGGCCAACCCCACUAUGCCACAGAACUUCUAUGAGAAGCCGGCGUUUGACUACCCUCUGAACCAGAUGAGUGUGUGGCUAAUGCUGGGCAAUGAGGGUAUGGAAAAGGAGAGGAACGGCAGCUUCUGUGCCCCCACCCCCUCUGCCAUGGUGUUCGGGCGAUCUGACGGAGACAGGGUGGCAGUGACCAGAGACCUGGUCCUAAGACCAGGGUACACACUGCAGUUUAAGUUGAACAUCGGUUGUGAGUCCCAGUUUAGUGCAUCGGCCUCAGUCCUGCUGCAGUACUCCCAUGAUGCUGGCCGUACCUGGGCGCUGGUGAAGGAGGGCUGUUACCUAGGAUCCUCUGGGGUGGGCGGCUGUGAGGGCAGUGGGCGGGAGCUCAUGGAACCCACCGUCUACGCCACGGGAGACUACGAACGCUGGACCAGAGUUACCAUUGUCAUUCCGCGUAACGUGGCCGCCAGUAAAACAAGGUUCCGGUGGUUCCAGGAGAGUAGUGUGUACAGGGACGCUCCAGCCUUUGCCCUAGAUGGAGUCUACAUCUCUGAGCCCUGCCCCAACCACUGUGGAGGACACGGAGACUGCAUCUCUGGGGUCUGCUUUUGUGACAUGGGAUACACAGUGGAGCAGGACAGCUGUGUGCCAGCGGUGGCCAGCCCCACAGAGCUGGCAGAGGGCUUUGAGAGCAAGCUGAGCCCGCUGUGGCAGACCCUGAGUGGGGGGCAUAUCGGAGGGGGCUGUGGCACCAUCAGCAAGGGAAAGGCUCUGUACUUCAGCAGCUCUGGGAAGAGAGAGGCACGCACUGCACCUAUGGAUACGACCAACACACGGCUUGUGCAGUUCUACAUCCGUAUUGGAGGGAAGAAUGUUGGCCCAACCUGCACCAGACCUCGCUCCCGCAACGAAGGAGUGAUAGUCCAGUUCUCCACCAACAAUGGGGUGCAGUGGCAGCUCCUACGUGAGCUGGACUUUGGUUCCUUCCUAGAGCCCCAGGUGGUCACCAUCGAGCUGCCUCCACCCGCCAAGACUCCCUACACUGUGUUCCGCUGGUGGCAGCCACAGCAGGGUAAACACUCAGCCCAGUGGGCUCUGGAUGAUGUCCUGAUCGGUAUGAAUGACAGCUCCAGGACUGGCUUCCAUGAUAAGUUUGAUGGGACUUCUCCUCUGAGACACAACUGGUACCGCAUCCAGGGGGGAGAGGUCACUGUAGACUGUCUGUCUCUGGACACAGCUCUGUCCUUCAACAGCGACGCCACUGACAAGAAGCCUCGGUAUGCAGAGAGCUGGGACUUUGAGGUGUCAGGCUCCUCCUUCCUGCAGUUUGAACUGUCCAUGGGCUGCAGUAAGGCUGCCACCUCAUCCCACGGUGUCAGGCUGGAGUACUCCACAGACUGCGGGCGCCACUGGGCCCUGCUCACCCCGGAGUGUGUUCCACCUGCCAUCGGCUGUGCCGGCUACACCAUGAGCUCAGUCUACACCGCUACACAGUACAAUCGCUGGAGGAGGGUUACGGUGUACCUUCCCAGCGCUGCCAAUUCUCCCAGGACUCGGUUCAGGUGGAUCCAGCCCCACUUCAUCCCUGGGGCGGACGGCUGGGCCCUGGACAACGUGCUGCUGGCCCCUGGCUGCCCCUGGAUGUGCUCUGGACACGGACUCUGUGACAACGGACGCUGUGUUUGUGACCGUGGUUAUGGCGGGGCCCACUGCGUGCCCCUGGCCCCCCUCCCCUCCAUCCUGAGAGACGACUUCAACGAGAAACUGGCGGCGGAGCAGUGGCCCGAGGUGUACGGGGCUGAGAGGGGGACGCUCAGUGGGGAGCCCCUCAAAUCUGGCACCGCACUCAUCUUCAAAGGGGAUGGUCUGCGUAUGUUGGUGUCUAGGGACAUGGACUGCACCAGCACUCUCUACAUCCAGUUCUCCUUCAAGUUCAUCACUAAGGGCGUACCAGAGCGGUCCCACUCGGUGCUACUUCAGUACUCUGUGAACGGGGGGAUCAGUUGGCUGUUGUUAGAUGAGUUUUACUUCCCUACCUCCACCGAUACGCUGUUCCUCCACCUCCCUCUGCCCGCCAGCGCCCAGACCAACGCUACCCGCUUCAGGCUGUGGCAGCCCUACAACAGCGGUAAAAAAGAGGAGGUGUGGGUGAUUGAUGACCUGAUCAUCGAUGGCAGCUCGCUCAACAACCCUCCUGUUAUCUCUGACAGCUUCGAGGGCGGACCCCAGGACUACAACUGGCUCUUCUACCCAGGAGGCAACACUGGACUCUACUGCCCCUACCAGAAGAGUGGCCUGGAAGAGGAUGAGUCUGCCAUGGUGUUUGUCUCCAGUGAGCUGGGAGAACAUUCCAUAACCACCAGAGACAUCGAUGUCAAUGAAAACACCAUCAUACAGUUUGAGAUCAACGUGGGCUGCACGGCAGAUUCUUCCUCCUCUAACCCGGUGAGACUGGAGUUCUCCAGGGACUUUGGGGCUACAUGGCAUCUCCUGGUGCCCCUGUGUUCGGGGGGCCCCCAGCCCUCAGCCUUAUGCUCCACAGAGCUGCACCCCGCCAGCAUCUACUACCCUGGGACUACACAGGGCUGGAGGAGGGAGAUCAUCCACUUCGGCAAGCUGAGACUCUGCGGAUCCAUCCGGUUCCGUUGGUACCAGGGCUUCUACUCCAGCGGUACAUCCCCCCCUACCUGGGCUUUGGACAGUGUGUACAUUGGCCCCCAGUGCCAGGACAUGUGUAACGGACACGGGGCGUGUGUGAGGGGCACACACUGUGUGUGUGACUCAGGAUACUCAGGACCAGACUGCUCCCAACCCGACACAUCCAACUCUGAUUUCCUCAAGGAAGACUUUGAAGGAGGGGCGGUGGAUGCUGAGCGGUUUAGGCUGCUGAGUGGAGGGAAGCCUAGCAGGAAAUGUGGCAUCAUGUCCAGUGGGAACCACCUGUUCUUCAGCGAGGACGGCCUUCGCAUGCUGGUCACCAACGACAUGGACCUUUCCAACGCCAGGUUUAUUCAGUUCUUCCUGCGUCUGGGCUGUGGGAAGGCCUCCCCAGACCCCCGCUCCCAGCCUGUCCUGCUCCAGUUCUCUGUAGACGGUGGUCUGACCUGGGGCCUGCUGCAGGACUUCCUCUUCUCCAACAGCAGUAACCAGGCUCGACUGGUGGCCCUGGAGAUCCCUCUGCGUUCCCGGACCUCCUCCACACGCCUCCGGUGGUGGCAGCCCUCUGAGAACGGACACUUCUAUAGUCCAUGGGUCAUUGACCAGGUGGUGGUGGGUGGUAGUGCCAGUGGCUGGGGUCCUUUAGAAGACGACUUCUCCUCUAUGGACGGGCGUUCCUGGCUGCUCCACCCCGGGGGUACCCGCAUGCCCGUAUGUGGUUCUGACGGGGCGGCCUUCGCUUUCAUAGAGAAGUCCAACACGCGCUACGCUGUCACCACAGACAUCAGCCUGGGACAGGAAGCUUUCAUACAGUUUGACUUCUCAGCUUCGUGCUCUGUCACCAACUCCUGCUACGCCAUUGAGCUAGAGUAUUCUCUGGACCUGGGUCUGCACUGGCAGCCUCUGGUGCGUGACUGCCUCCCAACCAGUCCAGAUUGCACCUCCUACACCCUACAGAGACUGCUGGUGGCAGACACAUACAACAAGUGGGGCCGAGUCACUCUGCCCAUUCCCACCUACGCCAGGUCUCCAGCCACGCGGUUCCGUUGGUUCCAGCAGGCUCCAUUUGACAAGCAGCAGACCUGGGCUCUGGACAACCUCUACAUCGGAGACGGCUGCUCCGACAUGUGCUCCGGACACGGACGCUGCCAGCAGAGCUCCUGUGUGUGUGACCCAGAGUGGGGAGGCGAGUACUGUGAUGAUCCUUUGGCCCCCUUGCCCUCCCAGCUGAAGGACAGUUUCAGCCGGGCCCCCUCUCUCAGCCACUGGCACCUGGUGACCGGGGGAAAGCUCAGCACUGUGUGUGGGGCCGUGGCAUCUGGGGCUGCACUGCACUUCAGCGGGAGUUGUAGUCGUCAGCUGGUGACGGUGGAUCUGAACCUGACAAAUGCAGAGUUCAUCCAGUUCUAUUUUAUGUACGGCUGCAUGAUCCCGCCUAGCAACCGUAACCAGUGCGUACUACUGGAGUUCAGUCUGAAUGGUGGAAUCAACUGGAUCCUGUUGACAGAGAUCUUUUACGACCUGUACAGCAAGCCUGGAUUUGUCAACGUACUGCUGCCCCCUGCGGCCCGUCAGGAGGGUGUGCGUGUGCGCUGGUGGCAACCGACCCACGAGGGGGCCGACCACAGUGACUGGGCACUGGAUAACGUCCUAAUCGCCGGCUCUGACCUGCGGGCACAGAUCUCUGACACCUUCGGAGGGGUGGCGCUGCCCAACCACGAGAGAGCGCCCGCUGAUGGUACCCCCACGGGCAGGAUAGGCCUGUUGAAUGAGGGAGAGGAGGAGAGCACCUCAGUGAGUGACCACUGGCUGUUCAGUGAGGACUGUGCAGUUCAGAGGUUCUGUAGCUCUCCAGACGGAGUCAUGGUGUGUGGUAAUGAUGACGGCAGAGAGGUGUAUGCAGUCACACAUGACAUCGUCCCAGACAAAGGCUGGGUCAUGCAGUUCAAGAUCGCUGUGGGCUGCAGUGUGCCAGAGCGCCAUGCAGAGCGGCAGGUCCAUGUCCAGUACUCUGUGGACUUCGGUGUGUCCUGGAGGUACCUGGUGCCCCAGUGUCUCCCUGCUGACCCCCGCUGUGGAGGACAGAUCUCCCAGCCCAGUGUCUUCUUCCCUGCCCAGGGUUGGAAGAGGGCCGUCUACCCCCUACCGGACAGCCUGGCAGACUCGGCGGUGCGUUUCCGGUUCUACCAGCAGCACAGUGAUACCCAGUGGGCUGUGGAGAACUUCUACAUUGGGCCAGCGUGUGACAGCCACUGUGGGGGACAUGGAGACUGUCUGAACCAGCGAUGUCUCUGUGACCCAGGCUUCACUGGACCGAGCUGCUAUGCCAGCACUGCACUCAAGACAUCUCUGAAGGAGCGUUUUGACUGGGAGGGGGCCCCAGGCCCUCAGUGGCAGGUGUGAGGGGGCCAUCCCUGUACUGACUGUGGGGUUCUGGUGGAGGGGACCGCUUUGUACUUUGGAGGAGCAGACGCCAGGCAGGCCGUCACCGCUGACCUCGACCUCAGAGGAGCCAAGUUUGUAGAGUACUGGGCCAGGAUAGGGAGUGAAGACAACAUGACCAUGUGCCAUCGCCCUACCUGUCGCAAAGAGGGAGUGCUGCUGGACUACUCCAAAGACGGAGGUGUGUCCUGGACCCUGCUUCAUGAGAUGGACUAUCUGAAGUACGUGUCCGUAAGGCGUGAUUACAUCGUUCUACCAGAGGGGGCGCUAUCUAACGCCACGCGGCUGCGGUGGUGGCAGCCCUUCUCUGUCUCCUCCAAUCUGGCGUCACCCGGGCUGGAGCGUGCUCAGUGGGCUGUAGACAACAUCCUGGUGGGAGGGUCUGACAUCAACCCCUCCACCCUGCUCGACACCUUCGAUGACGAGGGUGUGUCCCAUGAGGAGAGCUGGAGCUUCUAUCCCAAUGCGGUGCGUACGGCUGGGUUUUGUGGCAACCCAUCCUUCCACCUCUAUUGGCCCAACAAGAACCAGGACAAAACACACAACAUCCUGGCCACCCGAGAGCUUAUAGUACAGCCUGGAUACAUCCUACAGUUCAAGAUUGUUGUGGGCUGUGAGGCAGACAGCUGUGAAGACCACCAUUCUGUCCUGCUGCAGUACAGGAAGGAUGCCAGGUCUGACUCAUGGCAGCUGGUCCAGUCAGAGUGUCUUCCCUCCUCUGUGAACAACGUCGGCUGCUCUCCCUUCAUGUUCCAUGAGUCCACCAUCUACAGUCCUGUCAACAGCUCUACCUGGACCAGAGUCACUGUCCAGCUGCCUGACCACGUCUCCUCAGGUGCCACGCAGUUCCGUUGGAUCCAGAAGGAGGGCGCUGGCGAGCGUCACGGUUGGGGGGUGGACCACAUGUACAUUGGGGAGGCGUGCCCAGGGCUGUGUAGUGGUCAUGGUUACUGUACAAGCGGAGUGGUCUGUAUCUGUGACGAGGGACACCAUGGUGAUGACUGCUCUCUGUCCAGCAGUGACCUGCCCAGCUCCAUAAAGGAUAACUUUGAGUCAGGCAGCAUGUCAGAGGAGAGCUGGCAACUCAUCCAGGGUGGCGGGGUGGGAAGUGGGUGUGGCCAGCUCUCUCCCCACGCCCACGGUGACUCGCUCUACUUCAACGGCUGUAAGAUGAGGCAGGCUGUCACCAAGCCACUCGACCUGACACGAGCCAGUAAGAUCAUGUUCGUCCUGCAGAUAGGUAGUGUGUCCCAGACAGACAGUUGUAACACUGCCCUGGACCAGCCUGACACAGUGGACAGGGCUGUGCUGCUACAAUACACUGUCAAUAAUGGAGUGAGCUGGCACGUGAUCGCCCAGCACCAGCCCAAAGACUUCAUCAAGGCCCAGAGAGUGUCCUACAACAUCCCACUAGAGGCAAGGGUUAAAGGGGUGGAGCUGCGGUGGUGGCAGCCGCGUCACGACGGUGUGGGACAUGACCAGUGGGCGCUGGACCAUGUGGAAGUAGUUCUAGUCAGCACUCGUAAACAAAACUACAUGAUGAAUUUUGCCAGACAGACCGGCCUACGCCACUACUACAGCCGGAAGAGGCGGGCACUGCCACAACAGCGUGCCUAACCUCUCAGAACAGGAUUCGUCCUACGACCUGUCAAUCACACAUAUGACCUACCAACCAACCACAUUCCUUUCUCCUGAUGACAUAUCGCCCUGUCGAGUCCCACCCACCAGCCAAUGGAUUCCAGUCAGCCUUGGACCACACCCCCUCCUUCUCCAACCUUCCAAUCCCCACUCUGCUAGACAUCCCAUCAGUUUACGCUGCCAAUCAGAAGCCUUCCCCACCCCCAUGUUAUGGGAAGGAAGGAGACGUGAAGGAACAAAGGCGACCAUUUUGUUGACCUUCCAUGGACUUUUGGGUUUCUAGUUGUUUUCUAAUCAUUGCUGUACAUGGUUAUUAUGAUAUGAUGAUUCCCUGUUCCAGUUGCGAUACGAUGAUGAUGAUACUACCCCCUGGCUUUCCCCCUGUCACCCCAUCCUACCCACCUCCUAGUCUUACUACUACCACACUGUGAAGUUAUUCUGAGAAAUCACUAAUGACCAGAGAGCAUAGAGUUGGAUAGAGGGCACACUGUCACAGAAGUGAUAAUGGCAAAGAUAGGGGGUGAGCCCUCUUUCCAACUCUAUGCCAGGGAACUGGGCUAGCUGGAUGCCUCCAAGAUCAGCUGAGCUGCGAGAGGGAGGAAGAUUCCUCUGCUUCGCACAAGUACCUGAGGAGGAGGAUGAGGAUCAAAACAGUGAUAAGGAUGCUAAAAAGAGUACCGUGUUCUUGCUGUUCUGUUCAGUGUGUGUGUGUGUGUGUUCUUUUCGUGAUGAGUUGACUGUGGUCGUGUUCCGUUCAUUCGUUCAUUCGUUUUUUACUAAUUCAUAUUGCGCUAUUUUUGGUUGGAUUUGUUUUUUUUUCUCGUUUAUCGGAUGAGGGACUGAUGGAUGAACGAAACUCUGCCUCCGAGGCAGACGGAAGGAAGGAAGGAACGAAUCGAAAAAGGGGGGAAUAAAAGACAGAAAAUAUAAAAAAAAUAAGAAAACAAUUAAAGACUGAACAAUGAUUUUUUAUUUUAUUUUAUUAUUUUUAUAUAUGUUGGUUCCCGAAAAUACAGAUAUUUAUGGUAAGCGGUUCUCCACGUAACCUAUUUAAAGAUGCACUGUGCGUGAAAUCUGUAUGUUAUUUUCUAGUGUUAAGUUAUUAGGCAGUCAUCCAGCCUCUCAAGGCUCUCGGCUGCAACUUCUCCCCCAUCUCCCCUUCUCC